AGAACUCGCACCGUCGCACGCAGCCGUGGCUAUAAGUGGGGGAGGAAGAAAGAAGAAGACGACGAAGCCAACCCAUCCAAGCGGCAGCAGAGCAGACGGCCGGCGACGAACCAAUCCAGCCAGCCGAACUCGUCAGCGCGCAGCCGCCCUUCCCGCGAGAUAAACCAUGGGUGGGGUACUUGGUUUGAUACAGAUUGAUCAAUCAACAGUAGCCAUCAAGGAGACUUUUGGCAAGUUUGAUGCGAUCCUGCAACCUGGAUGCCACUGCUUGCCAUGGUGCCUAGGGCAGCAGAUUGCUGGAUAUCUUUCUCUGCGUGUGCAGCAGCUUGACGUCCGAUGCGAAACCAAGACCAAGGAUAAUGUCUUUGUCAACGUUGUGGCAUCUGUGCAGUACCGUGCUCUUGCUGACAAGGCAUCUGAUGCCUUUUACAGGCUUAGCAACACCAGGGAGCAAAUCCAGUCCUAUGUCUUUGAUGUGAUCAGGGCUAGCGUUCCAAAGAUGAACUUGGAUGAUGUAUUUGAGCAGAAGAAUGAAAUAGCAAGGGCUGUGGAGGAUGAACUUGAAAAGGCAAUGUCUGCCUACGGGUACGAGAUUGUGCAAACUCUGAUUGUUGAUAUUGAGCCAGAUGAACAUGUGAAGAGAGCCAUGAAUGAGAUCAAUGCAGCUGCUAGGAUGAGGUUGGCAGCCACUGAGAAAGCUGAGGCGGAAAAGAUUCUGCAGAUCAAGAGGGCUGAAGGUGAGGCAGAAUCGAAAUACUUGGCUGGUGUGGGUAUUGCAAGGCAGCGCCAGGCCAUAGUGGACGGGCUGAGAGACAGUGUUCUCGCCUUCUCUGAGAAUGUGCCUGGGACCUCUUCGAAGGAUGUCAUGGAUAUGGUUUUGGUGACCCAGUACUUCGAUACCAUGAAGGACAUUGGGGCCUCUUCCAAGUCUUCAGCAGUGUUCAUCCCUCACGGGCCUGGCGCUGUCAAAGACAUCGCUUCGCAGAUACGAGAUGGUCAGCUCCAGGGCAGGAUGGUUUGAGGAGUGUUGGAAAAUGGAUGCCACUUUUAUAUGCAUACUUUUAAGUACAUACAGCUUAUUCUUAUACUAUGUGUGAGGUGAGGUGAGGUUGUGCCUAGAUGGAUGUUAAUAUCAGUACUUGCUUGGGUUGUGCAACUCGUAUCUGUAAAAAAUAUCAGUUGUGCUAUCACUGUGUUCGCAACUAUUUGUGAAUUGAGAGUGUUAUAUGUUACUAUAUGGUUAUUAUACUAUAAUUUCUAUGUUGCUACUAGUUUUGUCA